ACUGAUGAAAUUUUCCCAUCACGUGAUGAUAUGAUUGAUUGGGUUCGGAAGAUUGCAUUUCAUUUUGGAUUUGUGGUCGUCAUCAUAAGAUCUGACACAACAACUGGUGAACCUGGAAGAAAGACAUUCGUUGUGUUAGGCUGUGAAAGGAGUGGGAAAUAUAGGAAGUAUAAGCAAGACGUGCAACCUAGUGUGUCUGGCACGAGAAAAUGUGAGUGUCCAUUUAAGUUGAGGGGUAAACCUAAAGGACACGGUUGGGUGUUAAAGGUUAUGUGUGGUUAUCACAACCAUGAAUUAGUCGAGACUUUGGUCGGUCAUCCUUAUGCGGGGAGGUUAAAUGCUGCUGAACAGUCAAUUCUUAUUGACAUGACUAAGAGUCAAGUUAAACCUGCAAAUAUUCUCUUGACUCUUAAAGAGCAUAAUGAAGAUAACGUGACAACUAUAAAACAAAUAUAUAAUGCGAGAUACACUUACAAACGAUCUUUGAGAGGGUCGAGAACUGAAAUGCAACAGUUGAUGAUGUUGUUGGAUAGAGACAAAUACAUCCAACAUAGUAGAUGUUUGGAAGAUUUUGACGUAGUAAGUGACCUAUUUUGGACACAUCCUGAUUCAGCGCACCUGGUCAAUUCAUUUAAUAUUGUGUUCUUAAUGGAUACGACAUACAAGACAAACAAAUAUCGUCUUCCGUUGCUUGAGAUCGUUGGAGUCACGUCCACUGGUUUGACAUUCACAGUCGUUUUUGCAUUGCUUUCAAGUGAACGCCAAAAUAAUUUCACUUGGGCAUUGGAAAUGUUUAGACGAUUACUAUUGACAACAGAGGGCGGUCCACGAGUUGUUGUCACUGAUAGAGACAUUGCUUUGAUAAAUGCCAUUACCAAUGUCUUCCCUGAUUCAUAUCGUAUGCUUUGUACAUUCCACAUUAUGAAGAAUGUGAAAGCGAAAUGCAAGAUGUUAGUGGAUAAUGUUGAGGCAUGGGAUGUUAGUGGAUAAUGCUAAGACUCCAACCUUGUCUCGAAGGUAUGUAUCGUGAAGCUCGUGGAUGGAGGUCUGUGUACGUAUCUAAGACUCGCCUCCUUCCCAUCUCAGGAAGGUGCUCAUAUAUCCAACUCUAAAAAAAAACAUUACUUAUAUUAUUUUAUACAUUCCUA